UGCGUGCUCGCGUACUCAAGAAGUUUACUUGUUUUGGUCAAAGACUAAAGGAGUUUCCCCAGAGUAAAAAUGCUGCGUAUCGUUGUAACUUUGGCUUUAAUCGGGGCUUCGGUCAGUGCUACCACUGUCCAGCAGUGCAAGAACAAGCCGUUUCCACUGGACGUUAAAGUCAAGGAUUGCGAGGAGCCACCAUGUGUUGUCUACAAAGGGUUCUAUGCCUUAAUGGAGGUGCACUUCCUGGGCAAUAACAACAAUAUUAAGACCAUUACUGCCACCACAUCGGCAAGGGUCCUGGGCAUGAAUCUGCCAUAUGCACUUCCCGAGGAGGUGUCCAACGUUUGCAUUAACCUGAUGUAUGGUGCCAUUUGUCCCGUUGACAAGGACGAGGAUGUCACCUAUCAGUUCAACUUCUAUGUGGAGCCUUCGUUCCCCGAAAUCACGGCUGAUGUCACCGUAACACUUAACGAUGCCCAAGGCGAAGCGAUCUCCUGUUUCGUGGUGUCAUGCAAAAUCCGGAGAGGAGAGGCUGCAAGGCAGCAGGAGGAACUCGCUUUGGACUGGACGAACUCGAGUUCCGUUUAAUCGGACGAUGUACACAGCACCACCGAUUCGGGCCGACUGAGUAUUCCACCUAAUUUGCCAAACAAUAAACUUAAAACUCUGCAAUGAUAA